GCAGUCAGUCAGGCAGUCGGAGUCGAUGAUGUUUCAGCUAAAACCAGGUCGCUGUGCUCCACCUGCACCAUCAGAGCCCGCCAUCUGCGACUGACCUCGCGUCCUUUGUGUCGUCCUGCAGAUCCUCAGAUUCACGUGAAGACGGCGCCCAGUUAACGCACACACACACACACAAUCAUGCACAUGAACACACCUGGACUCAGUGUUAACAGGUGUGUGUGUGCGUGACAUCAUGUCUGACUUGUGGCCGUUUUCCUCGUCCUCUCCCAUCAUCCAUCACUCCUCUCCGUUCAUCUCUUCCCCUCCUCCCCUCUCCUCCCCCACGUCAACCGGAAACCAUGGAAACCCUCCUCACGCCAAGGUUCCCUCCUAUCACCUCCCUGAGCAACAGGUAACAUCUCCUCAUCACCUGCCUCCUCCUCAGGUGACCUCCCCUCACUACUCCCACCCUCAGGCAACCUCCCCUUACCCGUGUCAGCUCCAGGUAACCUCCCCUCCCAUCGUACCCGAGACCCAGGUGUCCUCCCCUCACUUCCUCUAUCACAACCAGGUCACCUCCCCUAACUGUGUGUCCCAGUACCAGGUGUCCUCCCCUCACCUCCCCCCACCCCAGGUGUCCUCCCCUCACCAUAAUCAGCCCCAGAUAACGAGCCCUCACCUCCUUCCUCGCGCUCAGGUAACCUCCCCUCAUCACCUCCUUCAUUCCAAUGUCACCUCCCCCCACUUCGCCCCCCACUCCCAGGUGACCUCCCCUCACCUCCUCUCCCCGCUCCAGCACUACUUCUCCAACCAAAAUCACGAUCCAGGUUUUGAUAAUCCAGAUUGGAGCAGACCUGAACCACCGUCUGACCUUUCCUACCUGCUGAAGAGCUUCAGUUACUCCUGCCAGAACCAGACCACGGCCCACCUCGACCUCCAGAACCAGAACCAGUUUGGUACUGGAGGUGAACUGGAGAACAGGCUGCCCUAUAGCGCCCACACGCACCUCGGCGGCGGCGUGUACGAUCAGGGUGUCACACCUGGUCCCGCUCAGGACGCCUGGAGGCCUCUGGGUCCGACUCUGUCCCAGCUGCAGUGCUCUCCGCUGGGCUCCACGUCCGGAGAGGUGGGCCUCGGCAGAUGGAGCUCCAUGGAGUUCAGCUCAUCGCCUGCUGAUGACUCCUCCGGCGCUCAGUUUUUCUACGACGGUUGCCACGACAACAACGCCCCCCAGCCCUUCUGUAGCCCCAAUACCCCUGGACCGAGUCCUCAUUAUCCGCAGACCCCGACUAUAUCCAGCCCCGGUCCUCAAAUGCAUCUCAGGGAAGAGAGACCGGACUUUCACACGAGCAGACAGCUGAACCGAGACAAAGCUCUCAGCUGCUGCCUGCAGGAGUACGACAGCUACCCUCUGACCUCCGACCCCAGGCAGCAACACCCGCAGCAGGCGAGCCAGAACCUCCUCCAGAACCAGAGUGAGCUGAUCCAGGACCAGAAGGGCCUCCUCGACGCCGCCGCCAACUCCGAGAGCUGUUUCCCUCCGCAGGGAAGAGGCCAGGAUGUCAGCAGCGCCGCUCAGGCUCCGAGCCUCCCUGCUGGGCGGAGCUGGAAAGAGGAGUGUGGAGGAGGAGGAAGAGGAGGAAGAGGAAGAAGAGGAGGAGGAGGAAGAAGAGGAAGAGGAGCAGGCGCCCAAUCGAGACGUCACCAUGAAAACCAACUGAGGCGAACGGGGAUAGGAAUAAAUGGAGAGAGAGAGACUAGGAUCUUUCCAUCCAAAGCCAUAUGGACACACAGCAUGGCAGCGGGCGCCACCGGUCCCACCCAGCGGCUCGGACUCGGCCGCUCGACAGGCGGAGCCACUGCGGGGAUGACGGCUGUUUAGGUCGGGGAGCAGCCGUGGGUACGCAACUCUAAGAAAUCAGGGCCCUCCUCUGUGGUUGGAUCACUGUGUGUGUGUGUGUGUGUGUGUGUGUAAAGCGUGUGUGAGCGUGUCGCCACGUCCAUUCGUUUUAGGAUUUGCUCACCUGCUCUCUGAAAAGACUCACUGAACGACAUUGAGGGCUGAUUUCGAGGCUUCACAGUACUCUGGUGUCGCGCUCUGAAUCGCCCUCUCGCUUUUUGUGUUCCUUUUUUUUAUAUAUAUAUAUUUUUGAGAGCAUUGUCGGCAUAUCAUUUUACUAUCAUUUAGACCUUGUAAAUAUUUUAAACACUGAAUUAUAUCGGGUUUUCAUCAUGCGCUGAAAUAUUUUGAACUUGCACAAUCACCAACCAUCCAACCAUUUUUUUUUUUAUGUAUUAUUGCCAGACAUACUGCAAUUGUCUUUCUCAGAGGGUUUUUCUCACAUAAAAAGCUUAGGAAGCUGCCUUUAGUAAGCCAGUGGUGAGACGCGUCUGCAGUCUAGACUCAACGUAGAGAAGUGACGCUCAUAGUUGUGUGGUUUUAUAAAGUGUCGAACAGCCAAACUGUCCUAGCUUUGUGCUGCUGCUGCUACUGCUGUGAUCUUGCUUUUUUUAGACCGAUUAUUAUUAGUGUAUUGGCAUGAACCUUUAAGGUCCUGCUUUUGCUGUCUCUCUCUGGCCUCCUCUGAAACCUAAAAAAAAAAGAAGAAAAAAAAGGGGCAGCGUUGAGAAGUUAACCCAGCUAACUUUGCAGAAUCACCAAACAGAUUUGUCUGCUGUGUAUUUUAUCUGCAAAAGGGUGUUUCAGGAGUCCCAGAAGCACUCCGUCUUAAUCAACUCAACACAGUGCGCAGGGACGGCGACAGAUAUCUGUUCAAAAAGUUAGCUGGCGGGCUCGUCCAUCCUACGCCACGAAUCUCCUCUUCACCUCUCCCUCUUAAGUUAUCUACCGGUGGCGUUUUUUUAAAGCUUUACCGCGGCUCCGCACUCUUUCUCCUCUUCAUGUUGGAGGCACUGUGAGAUUAGAAACAUCGGUGAUUUCGCUGACAUCAGAUGGGGGUCAUCUCUUGUUUGCAUCACCUCGGCCUUAACUCUUAAUCUCAGACCAGUCGCCUUUUCUUUGCACAUCGCUAUCGACACAGUCUUUCUUGCACGGCCCCCCCCCUUCACACACCAACACACUUGUGUGCGAAUGUCCGUACUAACUGUCCGUUUGUUAUAUCGAAGCCACGUCAUCUCAAACUGUUUUUGUUUUGUUUUAUUAAACCCACAAGAGGGCCAGAAUGUAUGCUGAAUGGAAUGAACACUGACCAGAUGUAUGUGGUUGAUGCCUUUUUGAUUCUUUAUUAUAGGGACAGAUUUGUUUUUCCCCCUUUCUUUUCUUUUUUCUUUUUUUUUUUUUUUCCACAAAGCACCCACAACCUGACUGAGAAUUCCCCAGUAGCAACACAUUAUUCAACACCUUGACUGAAUUAACAGACUCAACUACACUGUCGGCUCGAACCCAAA